AAAAAAUGUACAUGAAAAUAUAAUUAUUACACGAAAUAAUUAAUAUUAUAACAAAUUUAAUAGUCUGGUAAAUUUUCUGGAGACUUCCAAAAUCUCCAAAAUAGUUUCCAAACAAAUUUUGUGUAACCGAAGAUGGAGCAUUACAGAAAUAUUUUUUGAAAAUAAUGUGGUAUUUUACUUGUAGUUUAAUAUUUAGUUAUGUAUUUUUAUUUAUAGUUUUAUAUUUCAGUGUAAGAUUUAAUGAAUUAAUAUUGCUGUAAUAUUUUUAUAUAUGUGCUAAUUAUUUAUAAAAACUUUAUGGAUUUACAUUAAGUAUGAUAAAUAUAAGGAUUAUAGUGUAAAAUAUAAAUCUUUGUGAAGUUAAGUUUAAAGUUUUAUUAAAGAAUAACAUUUUGAAACUUCAAAUAUAGAGUUUUAGGAAUUUCAAAAUAGAGAGUCAUUUUGGAAAUGCUUUUGUAGAGACAUCAUUUACCAACGAGCAUUGUAUUCUUUACUUUCAUUGUCAUGUUACCCUAAGUUUUUGUUCGAUGAAAAGGCUACCUUUUAUUAUUAAUCUUGACUAGUUGGAACAGAUUAAUACACAGAGAGAAGUUACUAUGUUCCUACUUACAAGCCCAUGUUACCGAAACUUAAAAUAUCACUAUCAGUCCAAAAUAAGCUUAACAUAUCAGUCACGUGCAUCUGGUUCCUAGCAGCUGAUGAGUUAAAAAAAUAUCAAUUUCAUGUGUCGGAACUUUACUCGGUGUUUAAUUCCUAUAAGUGCUUUAAGAAAUAAAACGAAACAGAUGGUUGUAGAAUACCAUAUGACAACUAAUUAAAAUCACAAAACCGAAGUUUUAGAUAUAUAGUGUGAUAUGUGAGAGAUGCCACCGGUUUUCGGAUUAUGUGUCGAAGUUUAGUCGGUGUUUAAAUCCUACAAAUUUUAUUUUUAAAAAAUAAGACGAAACUACGACAUAUCUACUUCGUAUAGUGUGCCAUAUGAGAUAUAGAAACAAAAAAAGAAAACCAAUAAAAAUCAUAAAACCGAACCAGUUUUAGUUAAGUUUUGGGUAACUCUUUAAAAAAAUCCCACCAGUGUAAUGUAAAGUUCCAAUUGAAACAGAAUAUAAUCAUUGUUAAUUGGUUUUGGCAUUAGUUCAUGACCUGUUUGGUUUCCUAACAAAAUACACCAUGCAUCUAAAGAUGAUCAGAGUAGGUUUAUUCAUAGCUGUCUUUUUGUUUGUUUGUUUCGGUUGGCCUAAUUGAUUUUGGUUUAAUCGUAGAGAACAGACUAAAAAGGAAUGAUCGGAUAUAGAAUGUGGUCAUGGUCACACUAAACUAUAAAAUAAAUGUUUGUCUCGUCUUGUGUUGUGUAUAGAGCGGCUGUUCGGUUGGCAUUGCCUGCCUGCCAUCUGUGGAUAAAUCUAGUCGGUUCAUGGCCUGAAUCUGGGCAAUUAAAAAAACAAAUCGAAAUGGAAGACAACAACAAACAUAACUUGACCCGUCCACUAACGAAACGAACCAAAUCUCAAAUCCUAAAAGCCCGGCCCAUUAUUUAGUGAUUUUUUAUUUACAUGUAUUAAAAAAAAGCAGUUGCGCAUUUAACACAAAAGAAUCGUGGAUUGAAAAGAGAACCCUGAGAAAAAAAGACCAAAACCAGGGGCUGAAUCUGUGGAUAUCAAUCAUGUCUAGUCUUUUAUUUUAUUUUUUUUGAUCAAAUGUCUAGUCUUUUAUAAAUUAAAAAAAAUAUAUUUCAAGAAACAAAAAGUCAACAUACGUUCAUCAUGUAUGAUGUAUUAUGUAAUUCUUCGAGUAAAUGUAUGAUGUAAUUCUUUGACUAAAUAUAUUAUAGCAUUACAUAAUUUACAUUGUUCAGUUUAUAAGCUAUAGCUUGGUCAUCACCUAUGAUCAAACAAUUAACAAGCAAUUAGCUGGGAUUCUCGAUUAUAGUCCGGUUUAUAAAUAUCUUCGAACCGAACCAAACGAAAAGGGAAAUGUAGGAAGAAGACAAAGUGUGCAGACAGUGGAAUAGAAAACAAAUCCACUGUCUGCAAACAAAUUGUGCAACUCGAGAGAGAAACCACGUUCAGGCUAAAACUGCUUCGCUGUUGAUAUUUUAGACGAUCCAAUCCAUGCAACCCUGAUGAAAGGGCCUACGUUACAUUAUAUUGACCGUAAAAACCAAAACCAGAAUCAACAAAAAGUAUUUUGUCGAGACGUCCACAUCAGCAGCUAAACCGCGUGCUAGCCACCCGGUCCUCCACCCCUAGAAUCUAAACAAAACAGAAGCCGCAAGUUGCCACCACCUUUUCUCUCUCUUAUGUUUCCCUCUAAAAAGGCCCGAACCUUUCAUGUGUGUUUUGCAAUUCAAAGUACAGAGAAAAACAAAACAAAACAAAAAAGGAAAGACUUUUCGAAGAACCCAACAGAUAUAGAAACAUGUGUAGAUCGACGGAUUUCGAUCGGUACGUUGAGAAAGAGAGCUUAAAGGUCAAAGCUUUCUACGUCCGGUUCACCGGUUUACCCACCCGCGAGUUCCUACCCGACUCUCUCACUCUUCUCUACCCGCCGCGGAUCAACGAAGCCGCUUUCGAGCUCGACGGGUCCAAGAUCCGACCCGACUCCCCGGCCUUCGUGACGCUGCACAGGGUCGUUAAAGGAGGAGAGGCGAUAUACGGGUGUAGGGAACCGGUUCGGGUCUGGGAAGGGAUCCGGUUCGAGGUGUACAUGAGCGAGGAGAGAGUCGUGAAAGGUAUCUUCAGGAAAGAGGAUGGAGAUAAGUGGAAGAUCGAGUGCGAGUGUGAGAUGGAGGAAGGAGCUGCUGAGGUCGUUGUGGCGGCGGAGGGACACGUGGCGACGUCGACGAUGGCGAGGAAACAUAGGAGGAGGAGGAGGAAGCAGUUUGAGUGUUUGGAGGAGAUACCUGAGGAGAGAGAGGAAGGGAGGGAAUCGGACGAUGUGUGUUUUUGCACGUGUAGUUGCGGCGAAUCUGACGACGGAGAGGGAGAGUGGGAGUCAGUGGAGUGGACGGCUGAGAUGGAGUCAGAGGCGGAGGGAAUGGGAUGGGCCGUUGAUUUGGGUAUUUGGGUUAUGUGUUUGGGGGUGGGCUACUUGGUGUCUAAAGCCUCUACUAAAACCUUGAGAAGUGGAGGGAGAAGAAGACGAACAAGAAGUCUCUUUUAAACUUGUCUGUGAUCAAAUCAGUUUAAUUGUUCAACUACGUCCAGAUCAUUAAACCAUAAUGUAAAACAAUCCAUGAUUUUGGUUAGUAAGAGUCGCACUAGUUUCAUUUUAUAUGAAUCAUAUGACCUUAUGAA